CGAGCGGAUGACAGAUGGUCCUCCAGGCGGGGCGGGGUGACGGAGCGGAGGGUCUACGCUUCACCCGCGGUCUCUGUCUCUGUCUCCGGGGCAACGGGCGAACGGGCUGAGCAGGUUUAGGAGCCGUUGCUGUGGACGGAGAGACGGGGACGUGAGUGGCCAUUGAGGGCGGUCAGGGUGCCGUGAGCGGUGAACCCAUCUGUUCGGUGUGCGGCUGAGCUUCGAUGGAGGACCACAUGACGGGGCACAACAAGGAGAAGCGUUAUGAGUGCGACGUGUGUGGCAAGGCCUGGCAGAGCCCGAGCCUGCUGGAGAUCCACCAGCGGGUGCACACGGGAGAACGCCCCUUCAACUGCUCGGAGUGCGGCAAGAGCUUCUCCCGCUAUGAAAACAUGCAGCGGCACAACCGCGUGCACUCUGGCGAGAGGCCCUUCACCUGCUCCGACUGCGGCAAGAGCUUCAAGAUUUUAAAUAACCUGAAGGUGCAUCGGCGGGUGCACACGGGCGAGAAGCCCUAUAGUUGCUCUACCUGUGGCAAGAGCUUUACCCGGUUGUAUGGGCUGCAGGUGCAUCGGCGGGUGCACAGCAGUGAGCUGCCCUUCACCUGCUCUGACUGCGGAAAAGGCUUCAAGUCGUCGCCGGACCUGAAGGUGCACAGGCGCCUGCACACCGGGGAGCGGCCCUAUACCUGCAGCGAAUGCGGCAAGGACUUCACCCGCUUCAGAAACCUGCUGGGGCAUCAACGCACCCACACCGGCGAGCGUCCCUACACCUGCACCCAGUGCGGUAAGGGCUUCACCCACUCCACCAGCCUGCUGUCCCACCAGCGCACCCACACCGGAGAGCGGCCCUACACCUGCAGCGACUGCGGCAAGGGCUUCACCCGCUCCGACAGCCUGUUGUACCACCAGCGCACCCACACCGGCGAGCGCCCCUACACCUGCGCCCAGUGUGGCAAGGGCUUCACUAAGUCCAGCGGCUUGCUGUCCCACCAGCGCAUCCACACCGGCGAGCGCCCCCACACCUGCGCCCAGUGCGGCAAGGGCUUCACCCGCUCUGACAGCCUGCUGUCCCACCAGCGCACCCACACAGGCGAGCGUCCCUACACCUGCACCCAGUGCGGCAAAGGCUUCACCCACUCCACCAGCCUACUGUCCCACCAGUGCAUCCACACCGGCGAGCGCCCCCACACCUGCGCCCAGUGUGGCAAGGGCUUCACCCGCUUCACCGGGCUGCUAUCCCACCAGCGCACCCACACCGGCGAGUGCCCCUACACCUGCGCCCAGUGCGGCAAGGGCUUCACUCAGUCCAGCAGCCUGCUGGAGCACCAGCGCACCCACACCCGCGAACGCCCCUUUACCUGCGCCCAGUGCGGCAAGGGCUUCACCCGCUCCACCCAUCUGCUGAACCACCAGCACACCCACACCGGCGAGCGCCCCUACACCUGCGCCCAGUGUGGCAAGGGCUUCACCCAAUCCAGUCACCUGCUGAAGCACCAGCGCACCCACACUGGCGAGCGUUCCUACACCUGCACCCAAUGCGGCAAGGGCUUCACCAGCUCCUACAAGCUGCUGUCCCACCAGCGGCUGCACGCCGGCGACCGUCCCGUCCCCAGCCCGGUGUGUGGAGAGCGCUUUCCCAUGGUCUCCCAUGUUCUGUCUUACCAGCGCGUGCACACCAGUCGCCAGCCCUACGACUGCCCAUACUGUGGUGAGGCGUUUGACAGCUCGCGGGCGUUGCGGCAGCACCGGCGAACCCACGCCAGCGAGCAGCUGCACGCACUGUGACGCGAGCAAGGGGGCUGCGGGAGCACCAGUGGAUACACACCGGAGAGAGGCCCUUUGUGUGCACUGAGUGUGGCAAGGGUUUCACCCGG